AUGUCACUAUCAAACCGCAACUGGCAGGCGAUUAUCGAGAGGGAAACCUUUUCACGCAUCAAGAUCGACACCAGCAAGCGACUAGCAGAGUUCAGACAAUUAGUAUCCCGGGACCGGUUAUCAUGGAGCCAAAGAAGACGCCAUAUACAGAGAAUCUACUUCAUCGUGGAGCUGGAGUCGUAUGAUGGUGAGGCUCGCACACGGUUCGAAAAUGAAGAGGAGAUGCAGCGAAACAGCAAAGUUUUUACCACUUCAAUUCAGUCACUAUUCAAUGCUCUAUCCGAAGGGUCGGACAACGAAGCGAUUGCUCUACCUGAAUGGCCGGACAACGAAGUGGGCAUCCGCCUUUCGAUUGAGGCGCGGUCCCCCGGCGAUAUUAGGGGCUCAAGUCGCGAAACAAAGGAGCAGCGUGGGUGGCCAUCGUGGGGAAAACGACUCUUAACUGAUGACAUCUGGGACAAGCGAUAUGAACGAUCGUAUCUCCAAUUCAACGAGGAAGCCGUCGGUGCUCAAUGCCGAGCUGUACCUAUCAUCACCAGUCUUAUUAUUACGGGGGCGAAGGACUAUAGGAAAAUCGAGCCAGCCUCCAGUUCUUUCAUCGCGUCGAAGUUGCCUCGAUUACACCAUCUGGACCUUGCCUUGGAUGAUAAUUGCAAAUGGGAUCCUCAAUCAAGAGAACGUCGACGGAAUGGUAUGUCAGAUACCUACAGAUUCCAGCAUGAUGCUCGAAUAUAA